AUGGCGUUCAUAAUUACAUCCAUCACCCUCCUUGUCUUGCUCGCCACCUUUUUGUUGGUACCGCCUGUAGCUGGCUACGUAUUGAGCACGGCUUUGCGCACCGUGGGCUGGUUUCUGAAGAAUAAGACGAACGGGCGGAGGGAAGUAAUUCUUUCGCGCGUGCGUGUUGAAGAGGAAGAGUUCCGCUCUAAACAGUCGUCUUCAACGGCAGGGCCAGAAGAUGAAGACUGGGAAAGAGUAGAUUCUGGAGCGGGAGUUGCCAACAAUGGAGAGCCUGUCGGUGACGACUGGGAAGGUGUAAUCGGCUUCUUCCAUCCUUUUUGUAACGCUGGCGGGGGUGGCGAACGUGUUCUUUGGACUGCUGUAAAAGCAACCCAAGAGCGAUGGCCAAAGGCUAUAUGCGUGAUAUAUACCGGUGAUCAUGAAGUGACUAAGACUGCCAUGAUUGAGAGGGUCGAGACUCGAUUCAAUAUGCGACUCCACGCACCCACUGUUGUGUUGUUGUAUCUCUCCACGCGGAAAUAUAUUCUCAGCAGCAUGUAUCCACACAUGACGCUUCUCGGCCAGUCCUUGGGAUCUUUAAUCGUUGCAAUAGAUGCAUUCAACCUCCUGGUUCCUGAUAUAUACGUCGACACAAUGGGCUACGCAUUCACAAUAGCAUUGUGCAAAUACUUCUUCCCCUCGGUACCUACCGGAGCCUAUGUCCAUUACCCUACAAUUUCUACCGACAUGCUCGAAUCUCUUGAUGAUGGAAGUGGCGUCAAGGGCUUGAACUCGGGAGCUGGAGCUGGUUGGAAAGGCGUGGCGAAGAAAAAAUACUGGAGAUUAUUCGCUAGCCUUUAUGGUUGGGUUGGAAGCAAGGUUGAUGUGGUCAUGACGAAUUCUUCCUGGACUUCGGCGCAUAUCGACUCCCUUUGGGGCCCCUCGCGAAAAAUCCUCGAACACAAGAAAGCCACGGUGGUAUUCCCGCCAACAGCAGUUUCAGAAUUGCACUCUUCGAUCGAAGUGAGCAGUGCCAGCGAAUCAACUCGCGAACCCAGUAUUCUCUAUAUUGCUCAGUUCCGGCCUGAAAAGAACCACUCGCUAGUUCUCCGUGCUUUCUCUCGAUUCCUCAGUCAGAGACGGAAGGACCCAGCAACUUCAUCACAACGAACACCAAAACUCAUUCUCAUCGGUUCAGUGCGGCAUUCCAGUCCAGAUGAGACACAUAUCUACAACCUCCGUCUCCUCGCCCACGAACUGCAUAUCCGUGAGCAGACAGAGUUCUUAUGCGAUGCCAGCUGGCCUGCGAUUCUCUCUCACCUACGGACCUCCUCCAUCGGUACCAACGCAAUGUGGAACGAGCAUUUCGGCAUUGGCGUAGUAGAAUACCAAGCCGCGGGGCUAAUCAGUGUGGUACAUGAUUCUGGCGGUCCUCGCGAAGACAUCGUGAUUGAUCUCGGCGAUGGUGCCACAGGCUUCCGUGCUUCUACCGAAGAGGAAUUUGCCGCUGCAUUCGAGGCUGCAUUGGCACUUCCUGAAGAAGAAAAAGUGGCCAUGCGUUUACGAGCUCGUCGGUCCGCGUUACGUUUUACUGAGGAAGAAUUUUCUCGCAAGUGGAUUAUCGAACUUGAUAAGCUGGUUUCGCAGCAACACAGUCAUCAGCAACGAAAACCGCUAAUAUAG